AUCUCAGUAACAGUUUCCAUGGGUCCAAGGAAUUGGAGUUACUUAUAUUUUUCCAUUCAAGAGUUCUUUUCUUAUGUUUUUACAAAUAAGGUUGGUCAACAGAAAACAGCUCAACCUGAUUGAAAAUCAGUUGAAAAUCAGAUCGAACCAACCGAUUGACAACCUUUAUGUGACCAUUCAACAACAGUAUUGAAGGUGUGAAGUAUAGAGCUUUACCACUAAUGGAAUCGUUGAGCAGGAACCAAGUCAAUAAAGGCUAAUGGGCAUCCACACGAAGCAUCAUUCGUUAGGUAAGAGGUCGAAGGCUUCAUUCACACAAUCACACCUUGACCUCUUACCUCACUUCAGUCCUCUCAAAGUCUCAAGUACUUUCAGGCAAAAAGAAAGCUCCCAGCUUUGCGUGCUACAUGCAAUUUCUCUAUCGGCUUGUGGGGUUAUAGUAUAACUAGAUUACUAGUAUAUAAACUGCAGAGAGAGUCCCAUGGCUGAGCAAGUCGCAGGAAGGGAUGGAGUCUCUAUGGAAGGAGAGAAAAGCUUACCCACUCUUGGGUUUUUUGUCUAUAGCUGUUUUUUUCUACCUGAACUUCUGUGACGAUCUUGCAUUCCCGAUUCUAUGGCAGCCAAAGAUGAUGGGUUUUGUUGGUACCAACUCCACUCAGUUCGUCAUCAACGAUGAUAAUAGGGAACAAUCAGUAUUCUAUGUUAAUGGGUGGAAUUCGUAUUGGUUGAUGGAGGUGAGUGUGUGGAGCACUUCGAGGUCUAAGGUUUCUGAGAUGUUCAGGAGAGGUUCUUUGAUGGGGAUGACUGUUUGUCGGACAUGGGCAUUCAGUGAUGGUGAUCGGCAUGAUGCUCUUCAGAUUGCACCUGGGGUCUUCAAUGAAAUGGUCUUUCAGGGCUUGGAUUUUGUGAUAGCUGAAGCAAAGAAACAUCAGAUAAGGUUAAUCCUUUGUCUAGUAAAUAACCUGGACGCCUUUGGUGGAAAAGAUCAGUAUGUAAAAUGGGCACAAGAAGCUGGAGUCGAUGUCUCGUCCUCGACUGAUUCAUUUUUUUCACAUCCAACUAUAAAGAGAUACUACAAGAAUUACAUUAGGGCAAUUUUGACAAGAAAGAACUCAUUAACUGGACUGAGAUAUUCUGAAGAGCCAGCAGUAUUUGCUUGGGAACUCAUAAAUGAGCCACGCUGCACAUCUAGUUCAUCUGCUCCUUUUCUUCAGACUUGGAUAACAGAGAUGGCUGCAUUUAUCAAGAGUUUGGACCAAAAUCAUCUGGUGACAGUUGGACUCGAAGGGUUCUACGGAUCACAAACAACUGAAAGAUCUGGAGUGAAUCCUGGGGAAUGGGCAGCCUCACUUGGAACAGAUUUUAUUCAGAACUCAGCAAUUGAAUAUAUUGAUUUUGCUUCUGUACAUGCAUACCCUGAGAGCUGGAUCACUGAUGCUGAUCUGGAAGAAAAAGCACGUUUUCUUUCACGUUGGGUGGAUUACCAUAUUAAUGAUGCGGAGAGAGUGCUGAAAAAACCAGUCCUUUUCACAGAGGUUGGCUCUUCACUGCACACCAAUAACCAAGGAACAAAUGAUCGAGAUUUUUUGCUAAAGAUUACUUAUGAUAAAGUAUACGAGUCAGCAAAGAAAAAGCAGGCUGGAGCAGGAGUCUUAAUUUGGCAGUUAAUGGUUGAAGGAGUGGAGAGCUACAAUGAUGAAUUCUCCCUUGUAGCAUGGGAGCACCCAUCUACUUACAAACUGAUUUUAGAACAUUCAUGCAGACUGCGAAUCAUGUUUGAGAAAGGCGAGACAAACAAGGAAGUUAACCAUGCAGAUCCUUGCUUUGGCAGCUAGGCCGUUGAUGGAUAUUGUUAAAUUGAUUUUCAUUCCAUAGUUGUCUGUAUUAAAUGAAAAGGAAGUCCAAAAUGUUUGAGGUACAUACCAUCUGUUGCUAAUGGCUUGAUGGGGAUCUGUUCUGAGAGAGAUAUUAACUGAAGUAUCGAGUUCAUGGAGGAAAUUUGAGCUGAUUGGAGGGCAAAGAUCCAUGGUGUCCAUGUAGCUGACACCAUUUAUUUGGGACAAGGCUGAGUUGUUUUUGUUUUUGUUGUUUAGAGAAAUAUGAUAUGAAGGGCCAUGCUUAUUAUCCAACUGGUUUGGCUUCAUCGAAGGUGUAAAUGUUGUAAUGAGAUUAUUUGUUGUAAUAAACUGAAUACGUUUGUUGAUAUAUACCAAAAUUACAGGGA